AUGCUAGAAAGUAGAAACCCUAACACGCUCUUUUUCUCUUUGGUAAGGAAGUGCACCCCUUAGCAGCAGAAGCAGCAGCCAUGGUGAAGUACUCGAGAGAGCCAGACAACCCGACCAAGUCCUGCAAAGCUAGGGGCUCUGACCUCCGUGUUCAUUUUAAGAAUACUAGGGAAACAGCCUUUGCAAUCCGAAAGCUGCCUUUGACAAAGGCUAAAAGGUACUUGGAGGAUGUUAUGGCCCACAAGCAAGCCAUUCCAUUCCGGCGCUUCUGUGGUGGAGUUGGGCGAACCGCGCAGGCUAAAAAUCGCCAUUCUAAUGGUCAAGGUCGCUGGCCUGUGAAAUCUGCAAAAUUCAUUCUUGAUUUGCUGAAGAAUGCCGAGAGCAACGCAGAGGUGAAAGGCUUGGAUGUAGAUUCGCUUUUCAUAUCUCACAUCCAAGUGAAUCAAGCACAGAAGCAAAGGCGCCGAACAUAUCGUGCACAUGGAAGAAUUAACCCUUACAUGUCUUCACCAUGUCACAUUGAACUGAUUUUGUCAGAGAAAGAGGAAUCUGUCAAAAAAGAGCCUGAGACUCAGUUGGCUCCUAGGAAAUCAAAGGGUCAAUCUCUACGGAGCGGUGCUUCCUCUUAAACUGCUGAGUGAUGGAUCAUAUUCAGAAACGAUUGUCUUUUCCUUUCAUUGUGUCUGUAAUGAGAACAUUUUUGUUUCCUUUACUAAGGUGCUCAAGACUCAAGCUUGUCUCUGGAAAUACUUGGUUUCUAUUUAAAUCUUAUGUCAAAAGCAUUCUGAAUCUUGUUGGUUGGGGCUACCUAUUUUUUAUAUGAAUUCUUAUUUAAUG